CGAAGAAAAUCAAAAUAGGGUUUGGAAACCAGUUUCAAAUAAUUGUUGAUUUCACCGGAGAUAAUUGGGGAUUUUGCCGGAAUAAGCUAGUGUACCGGCGGUUACCUGAUUCCGGUUGCUUACGGUGAGGUGUUUUGCUUUGGUCUUCCAAGCUCCGACUGUCAAAAUGGAAGAGUUGAAGCACAAGUCGAAGAGAGAGGACGAGUCGAAGAAGCGGCACCGUGAUAAGGAGGAUCGAGAUCGAGAGAAGAGGGACAGAGAGCAUCAUCAUCGUGAUAAGAAGGAUCGAGAGAGAGAGAAAAGCAGUCGGUAUGAAAGGGAGAAAAGUGCUGAUAGAGAUAGAGAUAGAGAUAGAGCAAAGCACAAGGAUAGGCACAGUAGAGGAGAUAAGGAGCGUGAAAAGAGCAGCAAGGUUCGUGAUGAUGAUGAAAGACCUAGAGAUAAAGUUAAAGAGCGAGAAAAGGAUAAGGAAGACCGUGAAGAACGAGAGAGGGAGAAAGAGAGGGAAAGGGAGAAGGAGAGGGAACGCGAGAGGGAAAGGGAGAAGGAGAGGGAACGCGAGAGGGAAAGGGAGAAGGAGAGGGAACGCGAGAGGGAAAGGGAGAAGGAGAGGGAACGGGAGAGGAAGAGAGAUAGAGAGAGGAGAGAAAGGGAGAAGGAGAGGAAUCGCGAAAAGGAUAGACACCGGGAAGUAUAUGAAAAGGGGAGUGAUGACGAAGUUGAUACAAAGGAUCGUGAAAGAAAGAGGCGAAAGAGGGAUAAUGAUGAUCAUCAUAAGGAGAGGGAUCGUGAAAGGAGUAGCAAACCAAACAACAGGCUAAGGGAAGAGAGCACCGAUGAAGUAUCAGCUGAAAAGGAUCAGAAGAGUCGAGAAGAGGAUCUAGCUGAGGAGCAAAGGAAAUUAGAUGACGAGAUGGAGAAGCGAAGGAGGAGAGUUCAGGAAUGGCAAGAGCUAAAAAGAAAAAAAGAGGAGUCUGAGAGGGAGACACUUGGGGUUGAUGCAGGUGCUGAAGAACCUAAGUUGGGCAAGACUUGGACAUUGGAUGGUGAGUCUGAUGAUGAAGAUGCUGAGGGGAAAACUGGCAUGGAUAUUGAUAGGGAUGAUACUGGCAAGGUCAUGGACGACGAAAAUGGAGCUGGCAAGGUGGUUAGUUCUAGCAUUGGAUCUGAUUCCCCUGUUAUUCAGAAUGGCGGUGAUGGUUUAGUUGACGAUGAUGAGAUUGACCCGUUGGAUGCUUUUAUGAACGAUAUGGUUUUGCCUGAAGUUGAGAAGCUUAACAAAUCCGUAGUCAAUAGUUUGGAUGGUGAAAAUUCCAGUAUGAAAGAGAAAAAUGGUCCGAGGAAGGAAGAAAAGCCUAAGAUGAGCAUGAAGAAAACCAUGGGAAGAAUUAUCCCAGGUGAAGAUUCGGAUUCAGAUUAUGGGAACGUUGAGAAUGAUGAAGAUCCUUUGGAGGAAGAAGAUGAUGAAGAAUUUAUGAAACGGGUGAAGAAAACCAAGGCGGAGAAACUAUCAUUGGUGGAUCAUUCGAAGAUUGAAUAUCCUCCUUUCAGAAAGAACUUCUACAUAGAAGUUAAGGAGAUUUCAAGAAUCAGUGCUGAAGAGGUUUCUGCUUACAGGAAACAACUGGAAUUGAAGAUCCAUGGCAAGGAUGUUCCGAAACCAAUCAAAACAUGGCAUCAGACAGGACUGUCCUCCAAGAUGCUAGACACUAUUAAGAAACUGAAUUAUGAGAAACCCAUGUCUAUUCAAGCUCAGGCUCUGCCAGUAAUUAUGAGUGGCCGAGAUUGUAUUGGGAUUGCUAAGACGGGUUCUGGUAAAACACUGGCAUUUGUAUUACCAAUGCUGAGACAUAUUAAGGACCAGCCUCCUCUGAUGUCUGGAGAUGGUCCUAUUGGGCUAAUAAUGGCCCCUACUAGAGAGCUUGUACAGCAAAUUCAUAGUGAUAUUAAGAAGUUUGCAAGAGUGAUGGGUCUCACCUGUGUACCUGUGUAUGGAGGUUCUGGUGUUGCUCAACAAAUUAGUGAAUUGAAACGAGGAGCCGAAAUUGUUGUGUGCACUCCAGGUAGGAUGAUUGACAUACUCUGUACAAGUGGUGGGAAGAUUACAAAUCUGCGAAGAGUCACAUAUUUGGUCAUGGAUGAAGCUGAUCGGAUGUUUGAUAUGGGAUUUGAACCUCAGAUCACAAGAAUUGUCCAAAACACCAGGCCAGACCGUCAAACAGUCCUGUUCUCUGCAACUUUUCCUCGUCAGGUUGAAAUACUAGCUCGUAAAGUGUUGAACAAGCCUGUUGAAAUACAGGUAGGUGGUAGGAGUGUUGUGAACAAGGAUAUAACACAAUUGGUUGAGGUGAGGCCAGAAAGUGAUAGAUUCCUCCGGCUUCUUGAGUUACUUGGUGAAUGGUAUGAAAAAGGUAAAAUUUUAAUAUUUGUUCACACACAGGAGAAAUGUGAUGCUUUAUUUAAAGAUUUGCUCAAGCAUGGUUAUCCCUGUCUCUCCCUUCAUGGGGCUAAGGAUCAGACUGAUCGUGAGUCCACCAUAUCCGACUUUAAAAGUAAUGUAUGUAAUUUGUUGAUUGCUACUAGUAUAGCAGCCAGGGGCUUAGAUGUCAAGGAGCUUGAACUGGUAAUCAAUUAUGAUGUUCCAAACCAUUAUGAGGACUAUGUUCAUCGUGUUGGGCGGACUGGUCGAGCUGGUAAGAAAGGUUGUGCCAUCACAUUCAUAUCUGAAGAUGAUGCAAGAUAUGCACCUGAUCUUCUAAAAGCUUUACAAUUGUCGGAACAAGUUGUUCCAGAUGACCUGAAAGCUCUUGCUGAUAGUUUCAUGGCAAAGGUUAAUCAGGGACUUGAGCAAGCACAUGGGACUGGUUAUGGUGGUAGUGGUUUUAAAUUUAAUGAAGAAGAGGAUGAAGUGAGAAGAGCAGCCAAGAAAGCACAGGCAAAGGAAUAUGGAUUUGAGGAAGAUAAAUCAGAUUCAGAGGAUGAAGAUGAAGGAAUUAGAAAAGCAGGUGGUGACCUCUCUCAGCAGGCUGCUCUUGCUCAGGCUGCUGCUCUUGUUGCUGCUUCCAAAGCGAGUAUGGCUUCAGCAGCAACUCCAGUUUCAGCUGGUCACCUUCUUCCCAAUGGUGGAUUACCUGUUGCAUUGCCUGGUGUACUUGGUAUUAAUAUACCCGGUGCAACAGCAGUUGCUGUUGGAAAUGGACUAUCAGUUGGCUCUAAUGAUGUGACAGCCAGAGCAACAGCAUUGGCAGCUGCCUUGAACUUGCAGCAUAACUUAGCAAAGAUUCAGGCCGAUGCAAUGCCUGAACAUUAUGAAGCAGAAUUAGAGAUUAAUGAUUUUCCUCAAAAUGCUCGUUGGAAGGUUACACACAAGGAGACGUUGGGUCCUAUUUCUGAAUGGACAGGAGCUGCCAUCACCACUCGAGGACAGUAUGUUCCACCUGGCAAGGUACCAGGGUUUGGGGAAAGGAAGCUGUACUUGUUCAUCGAAGGCCCCACCGAGCAAUCUGUCAAGAGAGCAAAAGCAGAGUUAAAACGUGUACUGGAGGACAUUACCAUGCAAGCAUCAUCACUUCCUGGUUCGGCUCAACCAGGCAGAUACUCAGUUGUAUAAGAAUGAACACCGUUGUCAUUAUGAUGUUACUUUUUAUCUAUUAUCUUUUCCGAGCAAAUUAUUUCCUAAAUUUUGUUACUCAAUUUGGAGAUGACUUACUUUGUAAUGAUAUAAACAGGUUUAACUAGAUACAUGAUUCUCAGUGAUCAUCGGCCAUGGUUAGUUCCUCUCCUAUAUUAUCUCAUACCUGUUAUCUGUAUUACUUGAUUCCUUUACUGAUAGUAUCAUCAAAGCUGCUAUUUGAAUUGAAACUGCCACAGGGAGAUUACAUAGAGUUGCCCAGGAAGAAGCAUGGUAUUCAGUCACCCCGACUAAUAUCUUGUUAGGAAAGAAACCCUGUGGUAACUUUUGUAACACAAUUACUUGAAUUUCCUAUUUACUCAUGUUAUAGAGUAGCAGAAUUGCUUGAAUUCUAUGCAUGAGGAAUCAUCAUAUGCACAAGGUUGAUGACGAUUUUCAUGAUGGCAUUGAUCCAUAUACCUAAUGGAUCGUGAGACGACUACUAGAGCAAAGGUAUAUUGACUAGAUUCAGUGUUGUCUUUCCAUCUUCUUUGUGGAUUUGGUAGUAAAUGAAAACAGGUACUGACUUGACUUUUUAUAUUUCUAAAAUGUUAAAAACUUUACAAGUUUAAAAUGUUAAACCUUCUGCUUGUAGAUUCUCAGCAACACUACAAAAAAAAAAAAAAAAAAAAAAAAAGGAAAGAAAAUGUGAAAUGCCUUUGGCUCUGUCUUGUCCAAUGGAUUAUAAGCUUUGGUUUACUUGCUAUAAAGAGACUGGAAGCUAUCUCAAUGCAUCGAUACGUUGUUUUUUUGUUAAGAGUACCCACUCCUGAAGACUAUAUACAUCUUCCCCUUACAGGUUAGGCCUGUUGCCGAGAACGUGGUAAGAAGUUGUAAAAAGAAAAGCAUGUACUGUUCAGAGUCAUCUAGUGUCAUUUGCAAUGGAAGAGAAUGGUCACAAGAACAACCUCCCAAGUUAUGCUUCACAAAAGCCCCUGUGAAAACAACCUUCCUUUUCAAUGGUGUACAUCCUAGUGUAUAAAUUUGAUGUUAGGUGUGUUAUUAUUCUCUUGCUGUGAAUCCAGGUAAAAGUCAUUGUAAUUUGGUCAGUCCUCCUCUGCUGGAAAAGCCUUGUGCUUUCAAUGCUUGGUAGAAUAUAGAAUCAAGUGAAUAGUGUAUCUUUUCGAUCAAUGUUUUGUGCUUGUAAGUUGAAAAAAAAUGUACAAUGAGGUUUUAUAUUGUAUCCAUUUAUGGGAUUGUACUUACUA